CUCCAGCACGGGGACUGGUUCUGCGGCAAGUCCGUCGGCCUCGUCAUCAUUAAGAUCUCUGGGAUCAUCUUCAAUGUCUAUGUCACCCAUCUACAUGCAGAAUACUGCCGGGAGAAGGACGCCUACCUGCCCCACCGCCUGGUGCAGGCCUGGGAGCUGGCCCAGUUCAUCCGACACACCUCAAAGGCAGCUGACGUGGUUCUGCUGGGUGGGGACCUGAACAUGCACCCUGAGGACGUGGGCAUCCGGCUGCUGCGUGGCUGGACGGGGCUGCGGGACGCCUUUGCCGAGGCCAAGCACUUUGAGGGCUGUAAGGAUGGCUGCACCCUUAUCCCCAGCAACUGCUUCACCAUCAAGACAGAGCUGCUGCCCUUCCCGCUUGGCAUCCGCAUUGACUACAUCCUCUACAAGGCCAUCUCCAGCUUCACGGUGAAGUGUGAAGAGCUAAAGACCACCACGGGGUCAGCUCCAGGCAUGGACAUCCCCUUCUCAGACCAUGAAGCCGUGAUGGCAACACUGCACAUCAGGAGGCAGGGAGAGGCUGCGAGGGCCACCCUCAGUGCAGCUGAGCUGGCGCUGGUGGACGUGGUGACAGAGGCACGGACAGAGGUUGGUGUGGGGCUGCGGGCAGCGCAGCGGCAGCGCUACUCCACGGGCAGGCUGGCG